AGCACGUGGGUCGGAGGGAUUUGUUUACAUUCGCUUCGAGUCGGCCCAGCGGCUGAGUAUUUCAGGAAAAUAAACCAAAGUAUAGUCUAAAACACUAUAAAAGAAGAAGAACAAGAGUCGAAUUUACUUGUAAGAGUUCUCCGUCGCGACAUACUGAUCAAGUUUGGUAUAUUAAGAGUUUUGUUAUGGAUGCUAACGAGGUUCUGACAUAUGAAGGAUGUAAUUUCUUCCGCCAGAGGCUGAUUUUAGCCACACUGAGCGGGAGGACAGUCCGGAUAAGAAAUAUUCGGGCAAAUUCCGAAGAGGAACCCGGGCUUCAAGAACAUGAAGCAAGUUUCAUACGGCUGUUGGACCGCAUUAGCAAUGGCAGUCAUAUUGAAGUUAAUCGCACAGGUACAUCUAUCUUGUAUAAACCAGGUGUGCUCAAUGCGGAAGGCUGAGCACAUUUGCCCAGUCAGCGUGGCAUUGGGUAUUUCCUAGAACCAUUGCUGAUGUUGGCACCAUUUUGCAAGACUCCAAUUAACAUCACACUUAAAGGAGUCACCAAUAAUAAGAUAGACCCAUCUGUAGACAUGAUCAGAUUAUCGUUGCUGCCUGUCCUGGAGAAGUUCUUAGUGACAGACGAAGGCUUGAGUUUGAAGAUGAUAAAACGAGGACUUCCUCCCAAAGGCGACGGUGUUGUAACAUUUACUUGCCCAGUUAGGAGGACACUUAAAGCAUUCCAGUGGGAAGAAUGUGGGAAAGUAAAGCGCAUCAGAGGCACUGUUUAUACCAGCCGAGUUGCCCCAACUGUAGGCAACCGUAUGUUAGAUGCUGCCAAAAAUGAAUUUACCAAAUUUCUCACUGAUGUCUAUUUCAACGUUGACAAUACCAAAGGAGGUUCACCAGGGUAUGGCCUCUGCUGCACAGCCAGAACUAAUAUGGGCACCAUGUACUGUGCUGAGGCCAUGUCAAACCACCAGGGGGAGGGGCUGGAGGCGAGACUGCCCGAGGAUGUGGGAAAAGAGGCUGCAUGGAGGCUCAUGGAAGAAAUAUUCCGAGGUGGAUGUACAGACACACUUGGACAGCCCCUAGUCCUCCUGUUCAUGGCACUGGCACCAAAGGAUAUCUCCAAGUUUGUCUGUGGACCUCUCACUCCAUACACAAUGCACUUCUUGAAACAUAUGCGGGAUUUCUUUCAAGUCACCUUCAAGAUCGAAGAAUACAGAGACAAGUCAAUAAGUUUUUCAGAUGAAGAAAAAGAGACACAAACAGGUGCAGAGAAGCUAAUAUUAACUUGUGUAGGAAUUGGUUAUAGUAACAUUAGCAAAGGACAAAUUUGAAAGGUGUGUGUUUAUUUAUGUUGGACUGUCAUAUUGUCACAUCAUACAUAGAAUUAUAUUUUGUUCAAUAACUUUUUAUUGUUGAAAAAUGUAAUAAUAAUAAAUAUAUUCCAUAUAA